GUUCUACAGAGGCAUAGAUCAAAUUUUAUCUUUUUUUUUUUCUAAUACUUAUUUGCUAACUACUUAAGUUUAUUAUUGUUUUUAACAUUUUUUUUUUUUUUUUGGUUACUAUCUGCAGUUGAUGAAUGAAGGGUCUGCAAUAGAUUGCGGAGGGGCAUGCGCGGAGAGAUGCAAGGAAUCGUCGAGGCCGAACCUGUGCAAGAGGGCCUGUGGGACGUGCUGCAGGCGGUGCAGCUGCGUGCCGCCGGGCACGUAUGGCAACUACGAGGUCUGCCCUUGCUAUGCCGCCAUCACCACGCGCGGUGGACGGAAGAAAUGCCCUUGAGUGGCAGUUCAUAGUCUCGCGUUCGUCGUGUGUGCUUGUAAGGAUGUAAUGCGGUCGUCAACUCAGUAAUUUUUUUAAAAAAAAUUUUAAAGCGUUUUUAAAUUUUUUUGGACCUUUUAAGCAUUAAAGACGCGUAAUCGGGCCAACGCAGUUCAUGGACUGGGCCAGAACUUUAUUGGGCUCAAUUCCUACCCAAGUUUAAUUACUGGGUUUUUAAUUUAAAAACGGCCGAAUUUCGAAUCGAGCCCAAUCCACUUUGGUUUGUAGACCGAAUUCUAAGGCCCAUAACUGGCCCAAUCUAGUUUGUAGCAGUUCAUAGUCUCGCGUCUUGUUGUGUUAACUAGUACAAAUAUUAUUAUGCUUGAUGUGUGCUUGUUAUGUAAUAUCAAUAAUUGGCCUUUAAUAAGCAUUAAUAAAUACGUUUAUUAAAUU